CACAGACUUUGCCCCUUCCUCCUUUCCCCGAGGCUGCAGUGUUGCAUCAGCUCGUUCAGCCUGAAGACGGAGGGACGCAGCCUCGAGGAUGAAGAUUGAAUUUGCUCCUCGCCAGAUCCCUUUCCAGAGAAGGCUUCAGACAGCUUCAGUUCUUCAAUGGGUCUUCAGUUUCUUGUGCCUCGCUCAGUGCUGCAUCGUCCUCUUUGUCCUCCUCCUCUUCACCCGCUUCUGGCUGAUCAGCGCUCUCUACGCUCUGUGGUGGGCCUUCGACUGGGACACCCCAAACAAGGGUGGGAGGAGACUCCGCUGCACCCGGAAUUGCAUCGCCUGGCAAUACAUGAAAGAUUAUUUCCCCAUUACGCUGGUGAAGACGGUGGACCUGGACCCAGGCACGAACUACAUCUUCGGUUUCCAUCCUCAUGGCAUCAUGGUGGCUGGCGCGUUCAUUAACUUCUGCACCGAAGCAACUGGCUUUUCCAAGCAAUUCCCGGGACUGACUCCUCACAUGAUGAUGUUAAAUCUCUGGUUCCGGGCCCCCUUUUUCCGGGACUACCUGAUGAGUGGAGGUUUAAUUCCCUCUGACAAGGAAUCGGCUUCCUACCUUUUGAGGAAGGAGGGAGGUGGAAAUGUCAUCAUCAUCGCGGUGGGAGGGGCCCAAGAGGCCCUAGAUGCCCGCCCUGGAGCAUUUACCCUCCUGUUGGAAAGCCGGAAGGGCUUCGUUCGGCUGGCCAUAGAGCAUGGCACGCCGCUGGUCCCUGUGUUUUCCUUUGGAGAGAAUGAGCUGUAUGAUCAAGUCGAGAACCCCAAAGGGUCCUGGCUGAGGUGGACGCAAGAGUGUCUCCAGAAGGUCAUGGGGAUCUCCUUGCCUCUCUUCCACGCCAGAGGGAUCUUCCAAUACACCUUUGGAUUUAUUCCAUAUCGGCGGCCAAUCUACACCGUGGUGGGAAAACCCAUUCAGGUUAAGAAGAAGCACAACCCCAGCCAAGACGAAGUGGAUGAGCUCCAUCAAAGAUACCUGGAGGCGCUCUGCAAGCUAUUUGAGGAACACAAACUGAAGUACGACGUGCCAGAGGACCGGCAUCUUUCUUUCAGAUGAGACCGGAAAGCCACGAACCACGUGUCUUCUUUGGCACUGGUGGGAAAGAACUGAAAACAUCGGACCUGCAAGUGAUGGGUCAAGCAGGAAGAACUUCCUUUCCCACCCUGGUGGCUGCGAAGCUGCCUCUUUCUCACCCUU